AUGGGGGUGUGGGGGUGUUCACCGUUGGCAGCCCAGUGGGAGGCUGACCUUUGCCACCAGUCCUCACACCAGAUGCGCGACUUCGGAGCACAGAACUUGGGCAACUUCGCGUGGGCGUUGGCCAAGCUCCUGGUCGAUGAUGCUCCCAUCAUGGCGCAGAUCUCCGCGAUGGCACGCCAGAAGAUACGGCUUUGUGGUCACCAAGAACUGGGCAACAUCGCUUGGGCCUUCACUACGCUGAGCAUCCGAGAGCUACCUCUGUUGGAGGCCAUCGCGGUGGAAUCCCAGCGGCGCAUGGUGGAGUUCAACGUGCAGGGUAUGGCGAACAGCGCGUGGGCCUUGGCCAAGGUGAGUUUUCCACAUCAGCCCUUCUUCAACUCCGUUUCCGCCGCUGCCCAGCGGAGCAUGUCAGAGUGGGAUCCGCAGGCGAUUGCCAACCUCUCUUGGUCUUUCGCCACGAUCAGCGUCCUCGACGAUCCCUUGAUGACAGCGAUUUCCUUGCGAGCUGUUUGCGUCAUCUCUGAGUUUGCCUGUCAGCACCUGUCCAACAGCAUUUGGACCUAUGCCACCCUACAAGUGGAGUAUGAUGCAGAGUGCUUGACGGAACUGACCGCUGUCAACGCACCAAAAAGGGGGGCGCCCGAACGCGAGACACGCUCCGCGAAGCUCUCACUUGCGUGCGAGCUUUUCGGGGCCGACGUCCGGUUUCGAGUGAUUUUUGGAAUUGCUGACAUUUGGCGUCGAAGGUGGCGUGUCAUUGGGCGUAGGUGCAGUGCCUUGCUAAGCCGCCAGCACUUGCGCUUGAACGGUCGCCACUGGCGGGUGAAGGGUGCAGACUCGACUGGUCGACCUAGUGAAGCGUACCCGGCGGGUGAUCCAAAACGCGCGGGGGCAACGCGUGCUUCGGGAUCUUGCGGUCGGCGCACAGUGACGCCGUGA